AUUUUUUAACAGAAUGUCUAGGAGCGUAGCGUGGCGUCGCACAUGCAAUGACUUAGUGUUCUGGCGACAAUGUCAGGCCUUGGACUCCACGAUCUACAUCCUCCGCGAGACCGGUCCUACUGGCUUCCUCCUGAAAGAGGAGGGGGAGGCUAAACCCGUCAAGGUGUUUUUAGGUGAUCCACAUUCCUGUACUUGUUCAAACUUUAUGAAGGACAGGGACCUCUGUAAACACAUUUGUUGGCUGAUUUUGAAAAAAUUCAAAGUUCCACAGGAUAAUCCAGUUACAUGGCAACUUGGUCUGGUGGAGAGAGAAAUCAAUGAGAUUUUGUUUGGCACCAGACAGCGUAAACCUCAGAGAAGAUGGGCAACAUCUGGUCCACCAGAUACAACUGGGCAACUAGCUGAUGGGCGGCCCACGAUUCAACAGAGAGAAAUCAAAGAAGAAGACUGCUGUCCAAUCUGUCAGGAUGAGCUUCUACAGAAACACCAGCCUGUUACCUUCUGCAAGUUCAGUUGUGGUAACAGCAUCCACAUUAAGUGUAUGAAGAUCUGGGCGGACCACCAGAAAUCAUCUGGAGAGAAGACCAUUAAAUGUCCAUUCUGUCGAGAAGACUUUGGCCCUUUUGAACUUCUUAAACAGGAGAGUCGUAAUGCCAUGGGGGUCCCCACAGGAGGUAGAAUGGACCGUCACCUGUACACAAGGUGUCAAAGCUGUCACACUUCACCAAUUGAAGGGAAAUGCUACAGGUGCACAGCAUGUACAGAUUUCCACUUGUGUCAGACAUGUUUCAACACUUCAAUUCACACAAGCCACCCAUUUGAAUACAGACAUAAGAGGAACCAGAGAUGGAGGCCUGCCCAGAGAACAUAUGGUGCAGUUCUGCCAGAGGCUGUGGCUAAUGACCUGCUGAACAGAGAAUUCACUGAGGGAGACUAUGAACUACUGACUCAGCUGGACAGUAAUGCCAACCAGCAGCCCAGUGACAUACCAGAGGCUGUAAUCAACAAGUUUCCUCUUGAGAAAGUCAGAGAAAGGGGACCGUUACUGGCUCCGGGAAUGCAGUGCCGAAUUUGUCUCCGGGGUUAUGAGGUCAAUCAAUAUGUCAGAAAGCUACCCAGAUGCAAACACAAGUUUCACAAGGAAUGUAUAGACAGCUGGUUACUUCACUCGCAUCCUACAUGUCCAGUCGAUGGUCAAGUGGUCUGGGACCCAGUCACUGCUCAGCUGGAGGCAGAGGAACAGGCCGAAAGAAAUAGUCAAAGGUCUUCUGCUGUUUCAAAGAAAACUAAUUCCUCUGGUAUACAAGGUAAUGAUGUGAGUGAACUCAGUAUACCAGGGGUAGGGCUAGUGAGAGUGGACAAUACACCUGUAGAGAAGUCCAGUAGUUUGCGAGGGAGGAAGAUGGCACAGCAAGGUCGUUUACAGGGGAGGCCGACAGAAGAUACAGCUGUUGAUCCACUGAGAGCUAGCUUUACUCUGAAUGGACUGUCUGUUGGUGCUAAUGGAGGUGAUGGAACAGAAAAUAUGUCUACAACUACUUCUUUACCAGGUGGUCGUCUGCUGGGCCGCUUACAGCACAGAAAAUCCUCCCUCAAUCAGCGUCUGCAGGAAAUCAGCGGCCAAACAGAGGAACAAAAACGCACAGAGGAGGCAGAUUAUCAAUCCCAGUCCUCAGAGCACUUUGCAGGUCAGAAUCUUCACAGACAAAAUUCUCGUCGCAGACGAAAUCUUUCAGAUGAGCUAUCUCACAAUGAAGACUCACAUGAGAUUCAAUCAGCUGUGAUAGAAUUACCUCUGGGUCAUAAAUAUGACCGCGCGACUACCCAUAAUGCUAUCAAAAACACUUUAUCAAUGUUACAAGCAGAAAAUCUUACUAAUUCAGUGUCUAAAACUCCAGACUCGAGUCGAUCAUCUCGCUCCCCUAGUGUGAGAUCUUUACUACAUAGUAGACCAUCUGAACUACAUUCUCCUAAUAAGGAAUUACCUCCACUAUUUGAAUCGGAUGAGACUAAUCCUAACGCUGACACUGAUACAAUGUCUACUGUAACAAGUCUCGGGGCGAGUAGUUAUCGCAGUGGAAAACAUCGUAUUUUCCAGCGUGUUCCUAAAGAAAACACGCCAGCUGUUGUUAAUGAUUUUGAUGUCUUGUUAACGUCUCUGCGUUCAUCUCCAGAUUCCAGAGCAAGUCUCGCAGGAUCACACACUAGUCUCAGCAGUAUUCGCUCAACUCGACUCGCAAAUGGAAUUAUUCUUGCUGAGGCACAGGAUGAGGGUGCUGAGGGUAGAUUAUCUCGGGGUCACUCUGGUGGCCCCAGGACUGGUCUGCCUCCCAGGGCCCCACGACUGUCAGAACAUGAGCGACAGUUGAGGAGAGGAUCAAAUAGCCAGGAAGGUGACCAAGCGGGGAGCGAGAACCAACAAGGGGACCCAUUAAUGGAGAGAUUACAGCUCUUCACGGACUUAUAUCUUGGCAAUGGUUCAAGUGCUUCUCCAGACCACCAAGGGAGACCACCAAGACUUGUACGUCGUCAAAUUAGUAAUCCCACAGCUGUACGUCAGAGAAAACGAGAAAAUGAAAUCCGUAGGAGGAGGACAAAUGAGUUUGGAUUGGAGGGUACGAACCCGUACAGCAAUUUGACACUGCGAGACAUUAUACAUUAGUUAUAAUUUAUCUGAUAUAAAAGAAACUGUGAUAUGGAUAAUUAACUAUGCAGGUGAAAUUGACAAGUAUUGUUUUCAAAUCAGAAAAUUUAAAGAUUUAAUUUUCCUAUCUAAUAGGAAUUAUUAUUGUAUGUUUUAUAGAGUUGUUAUUAUGGCAUGCCCUGCUAUGGAAAGUGUAUUACAAUUUUGAUUAUGUGUUGACAGAUCUUGCUUUAUAUAAAUUCAGACUUUCUUUGCUGUGAUCCUUGAUUAAAGUUAUGCUUAGCAGGUUGGGAGUGAAGGAAUUGAAAUUCCAUGUCAGAAUUUGUUUCGUAUUCCAGAAUCAGUAUUCGAGAGAAGUUGCAAUAUAACGUGUAGCUUUUAGUGAUGUCAUGAUAUAAUGUUAUAUGAUGUUAUGUGUAAUUGUAUUUUUGAUUUAUGAAAAUGUUAUCUAAAAACUGUGAUACACAUUUAAGAGUGUUUUUUUUUAUAUAUAUAUACAUAAUGUACUGUGAAGAUUCCAUCCAACAGGAAAUUUUAUAUUUUAAUAUCCAUUGUGUGUUUUGCCUUUCACCAAGAGAGAGAGAAAGAAAGAAUAAAAUCACUAUAUUUAGGUUGCAAAAAUACAUACAAGUAUAUAAUAUGUUCUGCUGAAAAAGAGUUGGAAUGCUUUCAUUUGUGUAAAUGUAAAAAUCAUAAUCGUAAUUCACAUAACUAUUUUGUAUUAAUUGCACCAGAACACUGAUGUUUACAUCUCAUUCACAGUAUUUGGUGAACGUUUUUCAGUAUUACUUAAACAUGAAAUAGUCUAGUCAAUCUAGCCAAAAAAAUUGAGCUCAACCUCCAACUUCUUACAACAAAAAUUAUUACUUUUACGAUUAUUAAGUUCAAGUAUAUUUGAAAUAUUUGUAGUAAAAAGUCUAGGAAAAAAUCUAAUGAGGGGAAAACAUAAUUUUGGCUUGUUGUAAAUCUAUCCAUAUAUUAGAAGAGAAAUGCUCAUUUUGCAAAAUAGUGUGAUAUGGUUUAAAGUGUUUGAUAUUACGAUAGAUCAUUUGUUCAAUAGAUAAUAUCAAUAUUUAAUGAAUGUUUUUAAUACAGUUAUAUACUUUUUGGGUCAUCAUUUUUUUUUUUGAAAAAAUAACUUUAAAAACAAUGGUCGGUGAAUGCAGUUGUUUUAGGGAGGGGGGGGGGGCACUAUGUUUCCUGCAUUCUGAUGAUUAGCCUCAGCCAAAUAUUUUAUCAUGAAGGGGAAAAUGCAACAAAGACUCGAAAAUGUUGAAAAUGUCGAAAAUGCUGAAGUAUCUGUAAUAAUCUUUUUUGCCGGGUAUAAAAAUACCAUUCUGUGGAGUAUAAUUCACUUCCUCUAUCUCCAUGAUGGAAUAGUGCUCUAAGACACGAACUAAAAUUCACUGUAUGGGCAACAGCUAUGCCCCCUUUUCAUAUUUAUGUACCCAAAAUAAUGCUUUCCACUCUUCAAAUUUUAUUAGAUUUUUUUCCACAUAUACCCGGUAUUUUAUGGUUACUUUCAUUAUUUAUUUAUUUUAACAUUUUCUGUUACAAUUAGUUUGAUAUUAAUUGAUAAAUUGACUUAACUAAAGUAAGUGUUUCACAUUCAUAAUCAGUUUGAAGGAAUUCUCCAGUUUGAGUUGGAAGUGAUGUUUAAUUAAACCUUUAUCUUGAUCAUGAUCACAAAAAUUUUACAAGAAAAUAAUGCAUUCGUUUGAAGAUGUUUUAUAUUUAUUAUCUGUUUGAAUGGCCUGGACUAUGUUUUAUGUUUUUG